AUGGGGGCCCUGAAGUUCGGCGGCUCUGUCGGCCACAUGGCGGGGACGAGAAGGUCAGGCAAGCACUUGAUGUCGCUCCUCCUCCUUUGCCUGUGUUUUUGGAUCAGGGGAGUGGACAACGCGGACGGGAGGGCUGUGUCUGAAGAUGAGAGGAUCGAGCACUCCAAGAGACUUCAGCUCAUGUGGCCAAGUUGGAUCUACCAUAGCCAACUCGGAAGCUCAACGCUCGACUAUGCGCACGAGGACGCUACGUCCUUCCACGAGCAGCUGUCGCUGGCUGUCGACGAGCUCAGCUUGCUUGUGACGAGGGAAGCGCAUGCUGACUCUCGACCGGCUCUGUGCUCCGUCGGAGGUUUGCAUGCUGAAAACGUCGUGCUGCCCAACGAGACCCUCCAGGAGGUGCUUAGCACUGCCCUGCACUUUCACAUCGAGCGAAGCAUCUCGAGCGUCUGGCUCCACCCGCUGCUGAGCAGCAAGAAGACGAAACGAGCAGCAGCUCAUCUCGUGCUGGACUCCACCUGGGCGUCUGUGGUGCGAGGAAACGGAAGGGACUUCCUGCAUUCCUGCAGCAGCUCUAGGGUGCAGCAGUCGAGGUCGCACUUCCAAGGGAUCGUGGUGCUCGAAGACGCAGGGAACUGCACGCAGGAGGAGGAAAAACUUUUGAUCUUCGAAGAUCCUCGGGGGAGGAGGAUGUUGGAACUGCCGGACAUGUUCCAGUUCGGGACAGAGCUCAGAACUUGCCUGAGGAAGGGCGACGUGUGGAUCACUUCAGUCGGCGUCCCCGUCACGAUCCUGCCCCAUAGCAAGAUUAAGUCGCCGAGGUUGCUCAUGUUCGCCUUCAACCGGCACUUCAGGGAGGAGAGAGAGCUGGUGGACUUCUUGAGUGGGCAGGGGGGAGGGGGAGGUGAUGACGAGGACUUGGACCAAUUCCUUGGAACCCUCUCCUCCGACUCCUCCGGCAGGACAGGCAAGUGGCACCUGUGGGGAGGAGUGCAGGGAGGUGUGGAGACGAGCAGAGGGAAGUAUGAAGUGCGAACAGCAAGGAGCAUGCUGGUCCGAGAUGUUCUUGUGCGAUGGCCCACGCCGAUCUACAAGAUGAAGGAUGCCAAGUUCAUGGAGGAAGUCGGGAGGAGGAUGAUGGAGAGGAAAGGGGAUGGAUCUGUGUUUGAGAGUGAGCCGGGGAGGUACGUUCUCACCUCCAGCGACGAUGUGUUUGUCACCCGAACGUCAAGCAGGAACCAGCUCGACCUGAUUGCUCAGUGUGGAGAUGAGGAGAGUCGCUGCUUUCCCCUGGUGCAGGCUCUGCAAGAGAAGAUCGUGCAACACGCUCAAAACAUGCUGACUGCAAUGGAACAUCAUCCUUUCAUCACCACGUACAGCAAGCAGCCUCCGCGACGUGCGACGUGCAGGAUCAUCGUGACGGACAUGUGGGUCGAGCAUCAUGAGCAGGGAGACACGAGCAUGCUGAGGAGGCGUCGACGGGGCUCUGCGGGCAUGGAGAAGCACUUGCAGGGGAUCAUCUACCUCUCCACAGGAGCCAACGAGACCUGUCCUUCCUCCCUGCCCGAGGAGGUGAGGAGAGGAGGGUCGACGGAGCAGCGGUGA